UUUUCUUUUUUUUUAUAUAUGCAGUUUUUUUUUUAUUAAUUAUUUUAAUGAAUUCUUGAAAGAGAUUGAAGUCCUUGUUCAGAUUGUUUUUCAUAAAUUUUUGAACGAUACAUAUCCCUGGAGAUCAGCUGGUGACUUGCUUGUUGUCUUCUUAACUUGGGUAGUUGCAGGUGGUUAAGUAAAAAUAAUAGAAGAGAAAAGAACUGAAAAUUUCAAGAGGCUCAGAUAAAUUGCCUCUCCUUCAGGGAACCUGCUUGGGUUUUUCCAGGCUUUUCUACUUUGUUUCAAUUCCUUUUCAUCACUCUGUUUCUCAUAUUUUCUCAUUUGAUCCUUCCCAUCUCUUUUAUGACCAAAAGGAUCAAAGGGGUUAUCUGGGAGGUAGGAAAAAAAAGGAGGAAUUUGGGUCUUUUCUGUCUCACACUUUCUUUCUGGUUGAUGUGUCAAGGUACAGAUUACUCCAGUUUUCUGGACCCAUCUGUUUCUAGCAUUUGAUCUUAGUGUAAUUUUUCUUUAAAUUGCUUGGAAUCCAAAAUAAUUCAAGUUUCAGUCCAUUUCCAGCGAUAUUCUUUGCUACCCAGUUCAAUUGGCAUCUCAUAGCUUCAGUGCUUAGCUUCUUCAAUUUGCUUUAUCAUUCUUUCUUGUGUAAACGAUUCCUUUUGAGAAGAAGCAAAAUUGCAAGAGAAAAUUUUGGAAUUGUAAGUGAAAUCAAUUCAAUGGAAGAGAUAUCUCCAACAGUUGCUGUUCCAUUUAGCAUAGACAAAAUGAUCUGCAAAAAGUCACCAGUGACAGCCCACAAGGAAAUUUCUGGGCUAAAGCGUAUGGCAGAUAAAGCAACCUUGAUACCAAACACUGCAAGGAAGCCAAACACACCUUUUGAGUCUGUUUCUUACAAGAAUGAUAGUGAAACUUCACAGAUAGAAAUAGCUGAUGAUGUGAGUUCUAGGGAAACCAUUAAUGAGCGAAGCAAGGGCUUUGAUCACCAAGUACCAGAAACUUUAUGUUCUCAAUCUGUGGAUUUGGAUGCUGAUUCCAAUAGGGAUUCAAUGGAUGUUGACAAGGGGAUUGGUAAUUUUGAAAUGAUAGCAAAGUCCCAUGUGAGAGAACCAUACGUUGAAUUGUCUGAACCAAAAUUAUCUGCUGUGCCUCCUAUGGUGCCGAAAGAACAGAAGAUCACUGUAACAGGUAGCCUGAGUGCCUUUGAAUUGGAUAGAGUACCACUAUGGGGAUUUACAUCUAUAUGUGGAAGGAGACCAGAGAUGGAAGAUGCUUUUGCUGCUGUUCCUAGAUUUUUGCAUAUUCCUAUUCAUAUUCUAACAGAUGAUAUUGUUUUGAAUGGCAUGAACCAGAAACUAGAUUACUGCACAGCUCAUUUCUUUGGAGUCUAUGAUGGACAUGGGGGCUCUCAGGUUGCUAAUUAUUGUGCCAAGCGGAUUCAUUUGGCUCUGGCCAAGGAGAUAGAAAUUGCAAAAGCAGGCUUGUGUAAUGGAAGCACUAGGAGUAAUUGGCAGGAGCAGUGGAAGAAGGCCUUCUUAAAUUGUUUUCUAAAAGUUGAUGCUGAGACGGCAGGAUCAUGCAAAGGCGAGACAGGAAGUAAUAGUGAUGAAUCUGAGGAUCAAUCUGAACCCAUUGCCCCUGAAACUGUUGGUUCUACUGCAGUAGUUGCCAUUGUUUGUCCAACUCACAUUAUAGUUGCAAACUGUGGCGACUCGAGAGCAGUCCUCUGUCGCGGAAAAGUAGCUAUGCCAUUAUCAGUAGAUCACAAACCAGAUAGAGAAGAUGAAUAUGCAAGGAUAGAAGCAGCAGGAGGCAAGAUCAUACAAUGGAAUGGAUCUCGCGUUUUUGGUGUUCUUGCAAUGUCAAGAUCCAUAGGUGAUAGAUAUUUGAAGCCAUGGAUAAUCCCAGAUCCUGAAGUGAUGUUUGUUCCUCGAGCAAAAGAAGAUGAGUGUCUUAUCCUUGCAAGUGAUGGCUUGUGGGAUGUCAUGACAAAUCAAGAGGCAUGUGACAUUGCGAGAAGAAGAAUUCUUCUUUGGCAUAAAAAGAAUGGUGAUAAAAAUACCUUGUCUGCAGAAAGGGGAGAUGGAGCCGAUCCUGCUGCUCAAGCUGCUGCAGAAUACCUCUCCAAGCUCGCACUUCAGAAGGGAAGCAAGGAUAAUAUCACUGUUAUUGUGGUGGACUUGAAAGCUCAACGGAAACUAAAGAAGAAAACUUGACAGUAAUACUAAUAUACUAUAGAAAUUAUCAAGAGAUAAAGGGAAUGCAUACUUUGGUUCAUAUAUCUACAUCAACUUGCUUUAGCCCAUCAAUUUUUUCACUUUGGGCUAAACAUAACGUCUGUCAUUAGCUCUCUUUCUCUCUACUAAUUAGAAGCAUAUUUUGCCAUCUGUAUACUUGGACCUGCUGCAGUACAUUGAACCUCUUGUUUUAUUCUGCAAACAGCACAUCCUAUGAUGAUUAAAAUUUCACCUCAAGGUGUUCCAUUUGA